AUGCGGUUCUUGAGAGCUUCGCAAGUAUGCGCGAUUGUAGCUAUUGCGUGCUUUAGCACGGAUGUUACCGCUGUUGUUGUAGGAGAAGGCUUCGAAACGCAUCGGGUUCUGAGGGCAGCGACGAAACGGUCUGAUCUCUAUCGAAGAAGCAUGCGGAUUACGAAGAAGUUUGAAACAGAGUUGGCUUAUGUCGAAGAGGAGAACGUAUGGACCAACAAGGAGACGUUUGCUUCCCAGGUCAAGGUUGGAUCACAGAGGCCUGUGUUCACCCUGGAAGAUCAUGAGCACCAUCUACAAGAUGUACAGUGCAGUCCAGAUGGUAUCAAGCUGCACUUUGUUGACACUUCCUCGGCACGUGAUGCCCGAGCGGCUACUGAUGGUGGCCUUGUCAUCACAGCUCAUGCGGGCUGUAACUCGGAGAGUGAGCGCGCGGUCUACCAGGUAAACAACGUAUCGUUGUCUCCAAACGAAACAGUCCUGGACCUUGCCGCUACAAGAACAACCUGGGACGCUGCAUUUGACAAUCUCGACAUUGCGUUCGGUCACACCAAGGAUGAGCAUCUGUACCGACGCCAUUCCGAUUUUGACAAGAUCCGCAAGCGCCAGAGUACCCUUGCAAUUCCGGCCGACACUCCGGACAACGUCACCACUGCUCUUUUUGACCUAACGUCUGAGUUGCGCGACCAUGUCUUCAACGUCAAGGAGUUCCUGAAGGGCGUUGCUGAUGUCGAUGUCCCCGAUCUGCCAAUCGAGAUUGGAUGCAAAGAGUGUUCGACGAGAGGAAAGUUGGCACUCACACAAGGUGCUUUCAAGUUUGAUGCCUCGCAAAUCGAUCUCAUUCCCGACUUCCUUCAAGGCGGCGAUGAUGGCAAGUCUAUCGACAAAGUCAUCACAGGUGGUUUCAUGGAACUUGUAGCUACGGGUGUGGGUGCACGUGUCGAGCUAUUUGCGAGGCCAGUGCGAUCUGGCAGCUUCGAGGUUGCUCUCUUCAGCGUACCUAUUGUCGGUUUUUCGAUCCCUGGUAUCGGAAAAGCGGGAGCCGUCUUUACGCCUAGCAUUGCAGCUGAUUUUGAGAUCAGCGGCACACUUGAGGUCAAUUACGGUCUUGAUCUCACGGUACCUGAUGGAUCCAGCCUUCGAGUAGAGAUUACAGACCUCGGCAAGAGUCGUCUCACUGGCUUCCAAGAAACAGCACUAACACCGCUUCCCGUCAGCGUCAACGUUACCAAUGCUGAGCUCCUGCUUGGUCUUGCAUUCAAGCCCUCGAUUCCCAUCGGAUUUGAGUUCCUCGGCCAAUUGAAAGCUGAAGUCACAGCUACAAUGAACCUACCCCGUCUGGACGCAAAGCUAUCAAGUAACAUUGCACACAGCUGUGGUAACAACAGUAACUCAACCGCACCCUUCGCAAACAAAACAGAGGCACUGUCGACUGAUCUCCUCGCUCUCGGCCCCAUCGCCUUGGUGGAAGCCAAUGUCUCCCUCUCCAUGGAUCUCGCUUUCAAUGUCAACUUUCCAUUUCUCCCACCAGGUCUGAAUGCAAUCAAUCUUGCAGCAAACCUAUUUACAGCAGUCUUCCCAUUGAUCAAUGGGUGUGCGGCGCCAUCGUCUGCUUUUGACAAAAUCAGGGGUAUCAAAGCUCCCCCACCGCCUCCAGACGCUGCCGGUCAGAUGAUGACUGCUAUGGAUGCGAUGAACUCUACUGCAACCGGGAAGGCGCUCAAUUACACUGCAGCUGCGGUAACGGGAUACGAUACCACCAGGAAAGUCGGUGAUGUGGCUCCCACACUGGCUCCCAACAUUACCUUUUUACUGCCCAACAGCCAGACCGUGGAAGCGACAUCGGUAGCUCGCAAUACGACGAAACUGGCAAGCUCAACGCCAGCCGCAACUACGACACGUAGCUCUACUGCGGAGAUGACUAGCAAGGCGGCAUCUCAACCCCCAAAAACGACUGAGACACUUUCUAGCAAAGCCGCAUCUGCAACAAUGUCAGCCAACGUAACCAUGGAGGCUUCCACUCGUAUCCAUUCAUCUACCCGCCUAUCCUGGAACACCACCGCCACAGCCAACAACACCAUGGCUGCAACAUCAGCGCCCGCCAACCUCGCUACAUCAUGUGCAGCACCAAGCGUCAUCACAGUCACGGAUACCGUGACCAGCACCAUAACACAGCAGAUGACCGUAACAGAAACAUCAAAGGCCGCCGAGAUCCCACUCACUUCAAUGCUCAGCUCCAUGGGCGUGAUGUCCAGCGCCUCCGCAGAAUCCAGCACCGCAGCAUCUUCAACCCCUCCAGCAGCCGUCUCCCCCACAGCACCAGCACCCCUGUUCUCCCUAUCCCCAGAGCCUACCACCUCUUCCACAGCAGUAGCAGCACCGCUGUUUCCCUUAGAUCCCGAAUUAAUCAGCUCCUCCGCCGCCCCAUCCGCAGACGCAGCUACAGCAUCCCUCCUUUCUUCUUCUACACCCGCCGCUUCCACACCUUCCGCCGCUGCAGCUCCUGCUAUUUCCAUCACAUCCAGCGCGGCGCCUCAACCUGUAUCUAGCACAGCGACGGCGGCGGCAGAGGUCCUGCCACCGCUUGCACCGGUUAUUACCAUGCAACCGGGUUUCCUGGUACCGAGUAAUGCGAGUGCGUUGCCUGUGCAGCAGACGACGGGGAUUACGGAGUUUACGGGUAAGGCGGCGCGCGGGGUUGAUAUGGUUCUAAACGCACGUUCUCAGUCUAGUAGAUUAAUCUACAAGAAGGAGAGCUUGUCGCACUUCCAGGAAACACCUCGUCGUCUGAGACGUUCAGAACAAUCAAACAUUGGCUCCGCAAGUGUACUACUAGGCAUGCAAAUUGCCCUAGAAGUGGACUCUUGCGGCCAAGAGACGCGCUACAAGUGUUUAUGUAUCGUUCAAGACGAUGAUCGGGACUGGCGCGAACAAGCAUCUCGUAUGGGAGAUAUCUAUGAAAAGUCUUUCGUUACAAUCGCAGCGGUUGCAUCUCAUGACGCUUCCGAGGGGCUCUUCAGAAAGACACCUGAUUCUCGUAUAGGUUUUGCUGUGCCAAGAUUCCCCUGGAUACAUGUGCGAAAGCAGGUUGAGAAGCCUAACGACAGCGAUGACUCCUACUCACAAGCUACUGUGCCAUAUAUCUGGCCAUUAUACAGACGCGGGUGGACAUACCAAGAACUCAACCUGUCGCCGCGUGUGAUUCGUUAUGGCCCUGAAGAGGUGAUCUGGAGCUGUCGUGAGAAGAUGGCCUUUGAGGGCGAUCCAAGUUUGGACCAAUCCCUAAGCUAUACUGGAUUCACGAACCGGGACCUGGCAAGAAGCGCUUUGACUACACAGAAGAUGUGGCACAGGAUUGUGGAGGGUUAUGCCUACCGAAAACUCACCUUCCAAAAAGACCAGCUACCCGCCAUCGCCGCCUUUGUGAGCCGGAUCCAAGCGGCCUAUCCAGAAAAACGAUAUAUAGCUGGCCUCUGGGAAGAUACCCUGCGCUUUGAUCUUUUAUGGGCACACUAUGGACAAUAUUAUCAUCCUUCUGGAUUCAAGCCAACCUGGUCUUGGAUAUCAAUCACAGAUCCAAUCGAAUGGGCUGCCCACCCGGAUUCAUAUCAGCCCCUCCCUUGCACCAAGAUAGUUCGAAUUGUAUAUGCUACAACAGGACCGUCAGUUCUUGGAGAUAUUGUAGAAGCCUCAAUCACGAUGGAGGCUCCUGUUUUAAAGUUCAAGGAAGAAUUUUGGCCUCAUGCGAUAAGCCUUCCUCCCCGCUAUAGUCCAAGCGAAAUGGACAUAAGGGUACCUCUCGAGGUCGCAUUUGGACCAGUCAUACUAAGAUACAAGUUUUGGGAUUCCCAGGAGCCUGGUAGUCCGGAAUACGAUUAUCCGAACGCAGAUGCUUUUGCCAUCCCUUUGAUCGGGCUGAGAGAAGGGGGCAAUGUGCGAAGCCAUGCGUGUAACACAAACUACUUAUUGGUGAAAGAGACUAGUCAGCCAGGAGAGUAUAGAAGAGUAGGAACAGGGUUUGUUCAUUUACGGGAGGUUUGCGCGUUGCCUCCACUUUCUCCAAACAGUCCAGUUAAGGAUAAUAUGCAAGAGGGUAUCCUGAGACAGGCAAGAUGGGAGGCUGACGAAAAGCUCAAUGAAGAACUGGGACAGAUGAAUACACAGUUGUUCAAACUUGUAUAA